CGCAAUUCACCCUUAAUUGCCGUAUUGUACAUUACUUUGCUCGCGUUCCAAACGGCCCUUUCAUUCGCCCUGUUGAUUUGAGCAUCUUUGCUCUUAGCCGAUACGAACGACGGUGGCAGAGCGACGAUUGGGAUCUCCACAUCGCCCUCAUCAACCGUGUCUCCACCCUAAUUUCUGAAACUCAUGUCUAAUGGAAUCGAGGGCAACAUGUGGAAGUCUGGUGCAUCGAAGUCCUCAACGCGACUCACAACGCUGAGGAGCCUUGUUCCUCCUGCUCAAAGGGACGCCAUGCGCGCUUUCUUCGACAGACGCGCGCCUGCUUCACCAGAUGCUCGUUCUCUCACUCCUCUAGGUCAAGCGCAAGACCGCAAAAUAUCCUGGAGAGAAUGGGCGGGCGACAAGUUACGCGGCCGAGUUUCAAAUUCGAAUGACUCCGUGGAGAAGGUCUCGCUAUUCCCUGGGUGGGCGGCCAGACGUUACCAUGACCCGGACAUGGAAGGAAAAGAGGCGGCCGAAUUUGCUCUUGAAGUGUUUAUUUCUGGCUUUGCGGCUAGCUAUGUUCCUCCAGAGUCUGCAACUCGUUCGCAGCGUGCGUUCAUGCGCCUUGCGAAAGCAUAUGCCGCUCUCCCGAAGAUUCCGUCUUCUGGAGCGUCAGGGCGGCAAACACCGUUAAACGGAGUGACGACACAGAAGCUCAGCAAGUCUACCGAGGACCUUCUCAAGACCGUUAAGCUUCCACCUACUCCGGAGAGUAUCACCGAGGAAACCGAAAUCGCCGCUCUGGAGCGUCAUUUCCAGAAGGCCGAACUGGACACGGACACGGACAGUUACAAUGAAUCCGAUUCAAGUCCAAGCAGUGGAAAUGAUACUCCACCUCCUAUCAUCCCCGGGUCCUCGUCAGGUGUAUCAUAUGCAACUGCAAGUGGUCAGUUUGCGUCGUCCCUGACGGAUUUAGCACGUCUACAUGAUAACUUGAGUGCACGAUUACAGCCGUUCUGGUCUCGUUCAUUACCGAAUCGCCCACUCCGUUUGUCAAUAUACAGUUCUCCUCCACGCUCAGAUCCAAUCUUCGCCAAUGGAGAGAAAUAUAAUAGUGAUCCGUCACAAGAACCGAUAUUCGUACAUAAUAUCCUUACGGGUCCUCAAGGUGCAUUUGAGGCGAAUUUACGUAUUCCAUGGGAGAGUAUGUGCAUCCAUCCCGGGGCGCUCCAUGUAGCAUUCGGUGGUAUUGAAGAAGACGCAGAACUUUUUGUUUGUGCAGAGCUACUUCCGCCAUCACAUCCCGCAGCUCCAUACGCCGUGCAGGAACCGACUACUCGUUCUAUUCUCCCGGUCACGCUAAGCCAGACCCAGAUACGUCUGAUUUCUGAUAUCGAUGAUACAAUUAAACUAUCAAAUAUUCUGGGCGGCGCACGAGCGGUCUUUCAGAAUGUGUUUGUCAAGCAUCUGGAAGAGCUAGUCAUCUCGGGCAUGGGCGAUUGGUACACGCAAAUGUGGUCAAGAGGGGUUAGGUUUCACUACGUUUCGAAUAGUCCUUUUGAGCUUCUCCCUGUCAUAAACGAGUUCAUCAAGGUCUCUAACCUUCCUCGGGGCUCAGUAAAGCUAAGGUCAUAUGCUGGCCGUUCCCUUUUCAAUGGACUACUCUCUACGCCUGCGACACGCAAACGCACAGGCAUACUAGAAAUCCUAAAUGCAUUCAGUGGAUCGCGCUUCUUCCUAGUCGGCGAUUCGGGAGAACAGGACCUUGAACUCUAUUCGCUGUUAGCAGCUGAGAGGCACAGUCAGAUUCUUGGUGUAUUUAUCCGUGAUGCGAGAGGUCCAGAGGCCCAGCCUAUUGUGGAUCCAACCGGCGAGGAAAUCAAGAGGUGUCCACCACCUUCCAGGACUGGGUCAUAUGCCUCUAGCAUGUCUGGCAUGGCGCCGUCAACUCUGACGAAAGAGAGGAACUCGUUUUUAACGCAGCCUUCUGCGGAGACGACACCGACCAAGAAGAGAAUCUCAUGGACCGGAAUGACAGGAGGGGUUGGAAGGAAAGCCGAGUCACCUAUGAGCCUCGACACCUCUGCUGAGGACUACUGGUCUGUUGCUAUGCCUGCUCCACGCCGACCAUGGGUCACUCCACGCGCGACUUCCGAUCCAGCGCCCAGCACAAGCCUCCCAUCAACCUUUUUCGACUCAGGACCCCCAUACGACACCACCUCUUCCCCUACCUCCUCCCGACCCUCAUCCCCAGCAUCAAGCAUCCUCGGGCUCCAAUUCCCAGGCAGCCUUUCCGAAUCAGAGGUCGCUAGUCUUCCGCCUGCGGAGCGGAAGCGAUACAAACUACAAGAACGUGUUUAUCGCGCACGAUUACUUAUGCCUAGCCAUAUCCCAUUACGUGUAUUUGUAAACCCGGAGGAGUGCGUAGAGACAGGUCGGAUAUUGGAUGAAUUAACGGCAAGAUCAUCAGGAAGACCCGAUCAGAAUAGGCAAUAG